AUGAUCGAAGGGCGUGAGCUUUCAAUGUCUCCCGCCGAAGCAUGGUGUAUCAAGAAUAUGGGUUCCCUUUUGGUCUAUCCUAUAAUCAUCAUUUUGUCACCAACGUGCCAGGGACGGCUUGUUACUCUCCUUCUCUUUGUGGAUACUUUGUUGGCCUACUGUUGGAUUCCCGGACAGCUGCAACACACCGCCUGCGGCUGGUUCCAUUUUCGAGAAAUCAGUCUUCGUUUCCAUAGAAACUUCCUGAUCGUCCUCAACUUUGCUCUUUACAACCUCUACUUUGCCGAAGAUGUGGAUUACACGUGGUGGAGACUGUUCAAUGUGGUCGUUUCCAUCUUUUUCUUCUUCUACGGAAUGAAAAAGAAAAUGUCCAACUUUUCGAACAUAAUCACCUUUGUCUACACCGGCAGAAUUCAUACUCCGUCUUAUGAGGACUACGAGUACAGCACGUCUCCAAUGCAUUUUGGUGAAGUGAUCCAAUGGAUAUCCUUCCACGUCAUCUGCAACAGUCCGGUUUCCUUGGGAUACGCGGUGUACAAAAUCGAGUUGGCUUGGGCCAGAGCUCAUAUGCGUCACCAAUGGUUCCGUCGUAACGUGCCAAACUAUCCGAGACGUCGUGCUAUGCUGAUUCCUCAUCUCUUCUAA